CGUACUACUUCGACUGAUCCACUGCGCAGAACCUCGCAGUAAGUUACGUGCACCACUGCUAAUCUCACCAUUUAGAUUGACUCUCUGCGUAUUUAAGUCAGAUCACCGUUCAUUCAGGUUUUACUUUUUGUCCUUUCAAUAACGAAAAAGAUACUUGUAAAGUGUAAUAACCCCCAGUUAAGAAAAAAAACCUUAUUCCUUCGUGAGUUACUAACUUCAGCUGAAUCAAACUUCCGUGCGUCUUAAGAAGAAGAUGACCUAUGAGGGUGCAACGUUGACGUCAGCAGCAGCGAUGGCGAUGACGCGGAAGCCGUCGUGGAGAGAGAGGGAGAACAAUAGGAGGAGGGAGAGGAGGAGAAGAGCUGUAGCGGCGAAGAUUUAUAACGGUCUCAGAGCUCAAGGUAACUUUAAUCUUCCCAGGCAUUGCGACAACAAUGAAGUGCUUAAAGCUCUUUGUUCUGAAGCUGGUUGGGUGGUCGAAGAGGACGGAACCACUUAUCGCAAGGGACAUAAGCCUCUUCCUGAUGACAUGGCUGGAUCAUCUUCUCGUGCCACUCCUUACUCUUCUUAUAACCAAAGUCCUUUUGAAAGUCCCAUACAUUCUUACCAAGCCAGCCCGUCAUCUUCUUCAUUCCCGAGCCCUCGUGGUGGCGACACACACAACAUCUCCACCAUCUUCCCUUUUUAUAGAAACGGUGGGUUUCCUCCACUUAAAACCUCAAACAGUGCUCCUGUCACUCCACCUGUCUCAUCUCCAACUUCUAGAAACACUAAGCCAUUACCAACGUGGGAGUCUCUUACCAGACAGUCCAUGGCCAAUGCUGCUAGACAACGAACGUCAUCUUUCAACUACCCGUUUUAUGCAGUAUCAGCACCUGCUAGCCCCACUAAUCAUCGCCAGUUCAAUGCCCCGGCUACUAUACCUGAAUGUGAUGAGUCUGACUCCACUAUUGAUUCGAGUCAGUGGUUAAGCUCUCAAAAGUUCUCACAACAGCCAUUCCGUGGUGGCUUUGCAGUGCCACCCUCUCCUACCUUCAAUCUUAUGAAACCCCUCUUACCAGAACUAGUAUCUUCAAACAAUUUAACAGCACCAGAGAUUGGUCAGAACAGCCAAGUUAAGCCAUGGGAAGGGGAGAGGAUCCAUGAUGUGGCUAUGGAGGAUCUUGAGCUCACACUUGGAAACUCUAAAGGUCGUAGUUGAGAUGAAGAACGAAAGCUCGUUGUGCCAUGCUGAAAGAAAUGAUUAAUGUAUCAGUGAGUGUGUUUCAAAAGCAUUAUUUAUAGAUAAAAUGUGUUGUAAGAUGUAUGUUCAUAUUAUCAUUCCGUUUAGAUCUUGUAAAACAUUACAUAUAUUUUAUUAUUAAGUGGCUUCA